AUGGCAGUCGCCGCGCCUCGCAGCGUCCCUCUCGCUGCAGACACCGCGCUGGCCGGCCGCUACCGCUGCACCUCCUCACCCGUGCCGCGCGUCGCGCUCUCCGCUGGCCCCGCCGGCGCCUCCUCCAGAAGGCUGAUCUCGCGCCGCUCGCGCAUUUGCCUCGCAGCCGCCCGCGCGAUCUCCGCUGCAGCGCCGGCCGACGGAGCCACACGGCUAUGUGGGGAGAACGCGCAAGGGCGCGAGCCAGAAAGUAGCGCGCGCGCUUCCGUUGCCCUUCCAGGCGGCCGCGCGGCAGGCGCGCAUGACGAUGAUGGCAGCGAGGGCGCGCAGCCUCUUUCCUCGGCCGCGCCUCUCCUUCCUCCCGCAUCGUUCGCUGCCUUCCUCUCCCUCGCUCUCCCCCCUUCCGCCAUCGCCCUCACCUUCUCCGCCUUGACGCCUCCCGCCGUGGCCGCAUCCCUGCUUCCCCCUUUGCCUGCCCCGCUCGCCGCAUCCGCCGUCGCCGCGCUGCCCCUCCCCGCGCUGCCCCUCCCCGCGCUCCCCCUAGCGGCGCUGGACCUCUCCGCGGCGUGGGACGCCGUCGACGACGCGCUCUUCGCCGCGGCGCACCUGUCGGACCGCCUCGUGUCGCUGGAGCUCGCGUCGCUGUCGCCCGCGAGCGUCGCCGUGCUGUUCGCGGCGGGCGUGGCGACGUCGCUGACGCCGUGCACGCUCUCCGUGCUGCCGCUCACCGUCGGCUACAUCGCCGGCUUCCAAUCCGCCAAGCCGCGCGCCCUCAUCGCCGCUGACGCCGCCUGCUUCGCGCUCGGCCUCGCCGCCACGCGCGCCGCCAUGGGCGUCGCGGCGGCGCUCGCGGGGCGAGCGUACGGGCAGGCGGCGGGGGGCGGCGCAGGGGACGCGGUGGCGGGGGUGCUGCCGGUGGUGGCGGGGGGCGUGGCGGUGGCCAUGGGACUCAACCUGCUCGGCCUGCUGCCCCUCCGCCUCCCCUCCGCGUUCGGCGGCUUCGACGCCAAGCAGGCGGCGGCGCGCCUCCCCAGUGCCGUGCAGAUGCUCCUCGCGGGCGCCGCCUUUGCCUUCGUGGCGUCGCCGUGUGCCACGCCUGUGCUGGCGUCACUGCUGGCCUACGUGGCGACCACCGGGGUGAGUGCAGCGAUGGAGGGGUGGAUGGAUGUUACUACUGCUCCUUCUCACCACUUGUACAGCUGCUUUCCCCCUGCUGCAUCGCAGACGUGUGCGCAGCACCACCGUGGUGCACGCUUGUUGAGGAGCACCGCCUUUAUCCCUCCUUGUCCCUGGACUGGACCUCUCUGUCUCACUCCUGCUACCGUGCCCCUCACUUCACCCCCUCUCCAUGCUAUCCCCCCCAUGCCAUGGCAGGACGCGGUGUUGGGGGGAGCGCUGCUGCUGGUGUACACGCUGGGCUUCGUGUCGCCGCUCAUGCUGGCAGCCGCCUUCACAGGCGCGCUCAAGCGCCUGCUGGCACUCAGGCAGCACGCGCUGUGGAUCAACCCCGCCAGUGGCGCCCUGCUGCUCGCCUCCGGCACCUACGCCCUCCUCGACCACACAUUCCCAGAUGCCUCCUCACUGCCCUUCACCUCGCUCUAG